AUGCAAAAGUGCCGGGCCUUCAACGGCGCUCUGGGCCGGAAGUCACUGGUUCCCACCCCUGCCGUUGGACGAGUGCAAUUUCAGGUGCAGCGAAGGAAUUUACAAGAUGUCCAGAUCACUAGGACCGGAAAGCCUAUUUUGAGGGUCCAGGGAGGGCGGUCUUCCUUGGGAGGCCACACUGCCACCGUCUUUGGAGCUACCGGUUUCCUUGGUCGUUAUAUCGUCAACCGACUCGCUCGUUCCGGAUGUACUGUGAUUGUUCCAUUCCGCGAGGAAAUGACCAAGCGUCACCUCAAAGUCACUGGAGACCUCGGUCGCGUUGUUUUCAUGGAAUACGACCUGCGCAACACAGAAUCAAUUGAAGAGAGCGUUCGUCAUUCCGACGUUGUCUACAACCUUGUCGGCCGCGACUAUCCUACAAAGAACUUCACUUACGAGGACGUCCACGUUGACGGUGCGGAGCGUAUCGCCGAGGCGGUUGCUAAAUACGACAUUGACAGAUUCAUCCACGUUUCUUCCUACAAUGCCGCCGAGGACUCUCCAUCGGAAUUCUUCAAGACCAAGGGCUGGGGUGAGCGUGUCGUUCGUAAUAUCUUCCCCGAGACAACCAUUGUUCGCCCUGCGCCAAUGUUCGGAUUCGAGGACAACUUGCUUCACAAACUUGCUGGCGUCACCAACCUCUUGACCUCCAACCACAUGCAGGAGAGAUUCUGGCCCGUUCACGCCAUUGAUGUCGGAGCUGCUCUUGAGCGCAUGCUGUACGAUGACAACACUGCUUCUCAAACAUUCGAGCUUUACGGUCCUAAGCAGUACUCUACUGCCGAGCUCGCCGAGAUUGUCGACAAGGAAAUCGUCAAGCACCGCCGCCACAUCAACCUUCCCAAGGCUGUUCUUAAGCCCGCUGCUUACUACCUGAACAAAUUCUUGUGGUGGCCUACCAUGUCGGCUGAUCAGAUUGAGCGCGAGUUCAUUGAUCAGCACAUUGAUCCCACCGCCAAGACUUUCAAGGACUUGGAUAUCGAGCCUGCUGAUAUCACCAGUCUCACAUACCUCUACCUCAUGGGCUACCGAAGCUCUCAGUACUACGACUUGCCCCCCGCCACUGAGCGCGAGCGAAGAGAAGAGAAGAAGUACCUGCACGUCCUGGAUGACCAAUAG